ACUUGUCAGUAGUUCAGUACUGCCUUCCGAGACUCUUUCCGAGAUCACGUCUUGGUUGUUGUCUUUUUGUAUGCAAUAGAAGAUUUUAGAAAAUGAUAAGAGAUAAAGAUAAGAUAAUGUUAUACAUAAAUUAAGUAAUCAAUUCUCAAACACUAUUUAAUCAAAAUAGAUAUCAUGAGAAAUUUCUCUAUGUAGGAUAAAUGUUAACAUACAAUAAGAGCAAUUCCAGAAUCUGGUUUAGAAUUACGCGUGAUUAUAUAAAAUGUUUAAUUUAGAGCAUGUAUCCCGCGUGAGAAAAUUAUAUAAGCUAAUAUUUCGGGUACACCGCGCAUUGCCGCCGGAGCUACGGGUUUUAGGUGAUAAUUACGCGAGAGAAGAAUUUAAAAGGCAUAAAAAUUGUAAUCCUCAGGAGGCGAGAAUUUUUCUCAGCGAGUGGACGGAUUAUGCAAUAAAUGUAGCUAAACAGACAAAACCAUUAAAUCAAGCAAAAACCAAGGUUGUCGGAAAGUAUCUACAACCAGAAAUGUUAGAUCAUAUGACUGAUGAUCAGCUUGUGCAACUAUAUGAAUUGCACAAAGCAGCAGCUCAUAAGACAAAUGAGGACUCAGGUGCAAUAGAUGUAUCUAAGGAUGUUAAAUAACAACUACUUGUAAACCAUUUUUAAUAGUAAGUAAAAGUAAAAGUCAAUAAGCAAAUAAUUGAAAUCUUCAGAACAUGUAGUCUUUUAAACACAUGUUGUUAACAUCAUCUUAAAAAUAUGGUCAAUUGUUGGAGUUUCUGUUUUUGACCUUUAGGUACUUGUAUCUUUAGUUGUAUUUGAUGGAGUUGAUUUGCACAUCAUCUUAAAAAAUAUUUUAUUCACCGUUAUUUAUUUGUCAAUUCAAUUUAUUUAUUUCUUAUUUAUUGUCAAUAAUAUGCCGUUAUAAAAUAGUCUAGUAAAAAAAAAUUAACAACAGAAAUAAUUUACAUAACUACUGCAUUUUUGUUUGAUCAUUUUUUUAUAAUGGAUUGCUUUUAAAUUUUUAUUGAACUAUAUAAUUUU